AUGCCAGGACGAGAGGCCGGAAAAGCUAAACCUUUAAAAGCUGCCAAGAAGGCUCCCAAGGAAGAAGACGAAGAUGAUAAAGCAUUCAAGGCUAAACAAAAAGCAGAUGCAGAGGCAUUAAAAGCUUUACAAGUCAAGGCUGGUAAAGGAUCACUUGUGACUAGUGGAAUUAAGAAAUCUUUAGACUAUUGGGUCUGGAAAGAAGUAGUGAUCUAUAUCCCAAGUCUUAAUCAUCACGAUCUCAUAACCUUUCUUGACCAAUCCACUAAACACACGUGUUUUUUUGUACAUACGCUUGGUUUUCCACCCGAGAAUGAUGUGUAG